CUUAAGAAAGAACGAACCCUAGCUUCUUUACACUGCGUCUCUCCCACCAAUACAAUGAUCAUCUCAGAGGAAAACCGCAGAGAGAUCUGCAAGUACCUUUUCAAAGAAGGAGUUUGCUUUGCGAAGAAGGAUUUCAAUCUCGCAAAGCAUCCGUUGAUUGAGUCAGUACCGAACCUGCAAGUGAUCAAGCUCAUGCAGUCUUUCAAAUCCAAGGAGUAUGUUAGGGAGACAUUUGCUUGGAUGCAUUAUUACUGGUUUCUCACCAACGAAGGGAUUGAGUUCUUGAGAACUUACCUUAACCUUCCUUCUGAUGUUGUUCCUGCUACCUUGAAGAAGUCUGCCAAGCCUAUCGGUCGUCCUUUUGGUGGCCCACCUGGUGACCGCCCAAGAGGACCCCGCUUUGAAGGAGCAGACCGUCCCAGAUAUGGUGACCGUGAUGGGUACCGUGCAGGUCCUCGUGGUGGUGAAGGCGAAAAGGGUGGAGCUCCAGCUGAUUACCAGCCAUCUUUCCAAGGAAGUGGCGGCAGGCCUGGUUUUGGCCGUGGUGCUGGAGGUUACGGCGCAGCUGCACCAUCUGGUUCAGGUCUCCCUUGAAGAAGAAAUGUUUUUAGUUGACAGUAAGAGAGACCCUGGAGGACUUGUUUCAGCUUUUAAAUUUUGCUUUUGUAAUCCAAAUUCCACAAUUCUUCAUAAUCUGUUUGAAUUCAGUUUUAUUGUUGCCUAGCAAAAAUGAAAAUUUCGAAAAAGUUGCGUUUC